UCAUGAGUUAUCCGCAAAAACAAAAAUUUUCUUUUCUAUGGCAGUUGCAAAAUGGGAUGCUGAAUUCUAUGUCAAGGUGGAUGAUGAUGUCCAUGUUAAUCUUGGUAUUCUAGCUACAACCCUUGGCCGUCAUCGAUCCAAGCCCAGAGUCUAUAUGGGGUGCAUGAAAUCUGGACCUGUUCUUUCUCAAAAGAAUGUCAAGUACCAUGAACCAGAGUACUGGAAAUUCGGAGAAGAGGGGAACAAAUACUUUCGACAUGCAACUGGGCAGAUAUAUGCAAUUUCAAAGGAUCUGGCAACGUACAUCUCCAUAAACCAGCCUAUUUUGCAUAAGUGUUCUAAUGAAGAUGUGUCCCUCGGGUCAUGGUUUAUCGGACUCGAGGUUGAGCACAUAGAUGAUAGGAAUAUGUGCUGUGGGACUCCACCGGAUUGUGAAUGGAAGGCACAAGCAGGUAGUGUCUGUGUUGCAUCCUUCGAUUGGAGGUACAGCGGAAUCUGCAAAUCCGUGGAUAAGAUAAAAAUCGUUCAUGAAAGGUGUGGUGAAGGAGAUGAUGCGUUUUGGAAUACAUUGCUCUAAAUUAAUGCGGCUAAAGC